GCAGCACUACUAAUGUGAAUCUCAAUGGUAUAUUGGCUUCAUUUUCUAAGUUGAACAUUUUCGAUUUCGUUUUAAUGUGUGGAAUUUUGUGCGCCGUUUCCCAUGAUGCUGAUUCGAAUUUUCAAAGUCUAAUCGAGGCUCUCAAAGGGCUAAUGAAAAAUCGAGGCCCUGACAAACAGGCCGAAAUUAAACUCAAUUAUGAAACUGGAAAUAUUUUGCUUGCCGGCAGCGUCUUAUGGCAACAAGGGGCUGAUUUACAAAAGCAGCCUAUAAACGGAGGCAAUUUCAUUAUUUUAUUUAAUGGAGAUUUCUACAAUUUACAGAAACCUGACAACAUUUCUGAUACUGCUUUUAUAGCUAACAAAUUAGCUAAGUGCAAUAAUGCUGAACAGAUAAUAUCAGUUCUUAAGCUUUUGGAAGGACCACAUAGUUUAAUAAUAUUUGACAAACGCGAUCAAAUACUUUAUUUUUCCCGUGACACACUGGGCAGAAAUUCAUUAAUUAUUGAACGCACCCAAUAUGGUAUUAAUUUAUUGAGUACAUCAGGAUACUUUAAUAGCAACCAAUUAUCAUUAGAAUUGCCUCCAUUAGGUGUUUAUCAAAUUAAUACUAAUAAUUUAACGUCAUGUUUUUUGCACCUAUGGCAGCCGAUGAAUGAGUACGCAGAGCAGCUUUUAUACAACCUUGAUGUUGUAGUUGGCCUGAAAACUACAGUAGAAAGUAUAAUUUCGCCUAGUUGGCUCCUAAAAAAAAAUUUGGAAUUUGACUAUGAUUUCUAUAAAUUUCCUUAUAAUGCUGACCAUGUGGAGCUCUAUCAAAAUCUUAUAAAUCAACCACAGAUUAAAGCAUCGCUAAACACUCUUGAUAAAUUGCUUUCUAACUCUGUAGCAAACCGUGUUAAAUGUACGGCUCCAUUAUGUCGAAUCUGUUUAAGCGAACUUAAUCAGAAGGAAACUGUCUGCAGGCAUGCCAAAAUAUGCAUUUUAUUUUCAGGCGGCAUAGAUUGUACCAUCUUGGCCUUACUUGCCAACAAAUUUGUGCCCUAUAAUGAGCCGAUUGAACUUAUUAAUGUUGCCUUCGAAAGCCUUAGCGGUCAAAACGUAUCUGAGAAGCUUUGGGAUGUACCUGACCGCAGAACUUCUCUUAUGUCUGUCAACGAAUUAAAGCGAAUAUGUCCUGAGCGGUUCUGGAAUUUGCUGGAAGUUAAUGUCACCCGCGAGGAGUUAAAAACACAACUUUCAACGCGUAUAAAAAAUCUCAUAUAUCCACUUCAGACAAUCUUGGAUGAGAGUUUGGGAUGUGCCUACUGGUUUGCUUCAAAUUGCCCAAAUUCAACUGCCCGAGUGGCCCUGAUAGGUAGUGGAGCAGAUGAGUUAUUUGGUGGAUAUUGCCGUCAUCGAAAUGCAUAUAGGCGUUGCCUAGGAACCAAUUCGGAGCGCCAACUUUCUGUGCAAAGCGAGCUUGAUGUUGACUGGCAACGAAUACCGGCCCGGAACUUGGCCAGAGAUGAUCGAGUUAUUGCAGACAAUGGCAAAACAGCGCGUUCACCAUUCAUCGAGGAGAACAUUGUUCAAUUUCUUAGAUCUUUAGAACCGUUCCAAAAAUGUUGCUUUAGUUUUCCCGAGGGUGUAGGAGAUAAGUUGCUUCUAAGGCUGUACGGCUAUAAAAUCGGUCUGCGAGACGUGGCUUUGUUAAAAAAAAGAGCAAUACAGUUUGGUUCCAGAAUUGCUAACAAAAGGGAAAAUGCUUCAGCUCAGUCUGAACAUCUUAAAUGUAAUACUUAAUUUUUUGAUGCCUGAAAUUAUUUUAAUAAAAUUACACGUGUUCCAAUUUACUCACGUUAAAAAACAUUUUA